AUGAUAAAUGUUCAUGAAAUAAAAUCUACAGUAGUCGUUAUCGUUGUUCAUGUUUUUUUUCCGAUUAGGGCUCUCUUUCACAACCAGAUUCGAAGCAUUCAGAAAGGAGUUUUUGACGGUCUGCAGAAAUUACAGUUUUUGUACUUGCAAUCGAACAACAUCAGCGAUAUUGAAGUUGGAGCAUUUUCAGAACUGGGAGACCUUCAAAUAUUGAAUUUGUCUUCGAAUUCAAUCAAGUAUUUAAGAAGUGGGAUAUUCUCCGGUCUCUCGUCUCUCCAGUAUCUUCUUCUAACUGAUAACUCUAUACACGUUAUAGACGGACAUGCGUUUGGAUCAUUGAAGUCCCUUAAAUAUCUGUUCUUCCUUGGAACUGAACUAGGACCUGUAAACCCGGAUGCACUUGCUGGGUUGAAUUCCCUGGAGAAGAUGUCUACCUCUGACAAUCGCCUGUGUUGUCUUCUAAAUGACAAGAAAAACGUCAGCUUAAACGUCACCUGCGCUACGACAUCUCAGACCAGCCCCUUGGAUACGUGUAGUAGGUUAUAUCCAAAUUUGGCCUUGAGAUUUGCCGGUUGGAUCAUGGGGUUGCUGGCUUUAUGUGGCAAUGGUGCCGUUCUCUUUAUUCGACUGCGGGAUAGGAAAAAGCAAAAGAACAAGGUCCAGAAUACUAUGAUAAGUAGUCUAGCAUUGGCUGAUAUUUUGAUGGGGCUUUACAUGAUAAUUAUAACUUCAGCCGAUCUGAGGUAUGGGGAUGGGUUCUACCUCAGGGCUCCUCAAUGGAGGGAUUCUCAUAUGUGUCGGUUCGCUGGUUUCCUUGGAUUCCUAUCGAGUGAGGCAUCGGUCUUGACCCUGACCUUGAUCACAGUGGAUCGGUUCAUAUGCAUCGUGUUCCCAUUCAGGCCAGAGCUCAAAAUUCAGCAUAAGGGGUCCAUGAUUCUUGUCGGUUCAGUUUGGGUGUUCACCAUAUUGCUGAGUCUAGGGCUAGUGAUUAUUACAUCAUACAAACCUGAUGUAUACGGACUUUCCGAUGUGUGCCUUGGUCUCCCGCUGCAUGUCGAAGCUGUGGACACAGGGGUAUUGGAAAUCACUGGAGAUUUCUUCUUUGAAUAUCAGGUAAAUUACAAGAUCACUGAUGUCAGUUCAAGACCUCCAUGGCUAUUCUCCAUCAUAAUCUUUAUUGGUUUUAAUCUGGUUUCCUUCGCUUUCAUCUUGAUCUGUUAUAUCAUGAUUUUUAUCGAGUCCUCUAAAGCCUCGGAGAAAGCCCAUAAGAGCAAAUCCAAUAAGCAAGAGACCAAGUUGGCUGUUCGUAUGGCGCUACUCGUUGCUACUGAUCUUGCCUGUUGGAUGCCGGUCAUCAUCAUGGGAAUUAUUUCUCAAAGUGGCGCCGUCACCCUCCCUCCUUCCCUCUACGCCUGGACAGUAAUUCUUAUUGUCCCUAUCAACUCGUCAAUCAACCCUUUCUUGUACACCUUCAUAGUGCACAUCGAUGCCAUGAAAAAGAAAAGGAAGAAGAUGGAGAGCAAGGAAAAACGAGUUGGUUUGCAACAGGUCCAAAACAAGCAAACAGGAAACCAGCCUUCCGCGCCAACUGAUGCUACUGACUAGAAAAUUGGUGAUUCCCGAUGCCCGCACAUACGCAAGUUGCUUUCUGAGGACGCAUCGUUGUUUGAACAUGGACACUAGAUCUUCUUUAUGAUACUAUACAGUAUAGGUUUACUGUAAUAAUAUGUUAAGGGGCUGUCAUACCCAUACGUCUUACUCAGCCUGUGCGGACGUCCUUGAUAUCAAGAAUUCAGUUUCUUUAAACAAAAAAAAAUUGUUUUGUUAAUAGACAAUUAUUGAUAUGAAGAAAUGCGAUUAAGGAAACGGCUUGUCGUUGCCUACGUGUGGCGGCAUACUAAGAAAUAGCGAUUUCUAUACUAAAUUCUUCUUAUUAUUAUCAAUAUUACACUCUUAGAAUUAAAGGUUUCGUAUAUGGAACUUUUAAAGGUUCUUGAGCACAUAAAUGUAUUUUUUUAGCCAAAGAUGUCUGUAACAUCAGUUU